UUUGCGACUGGGAGGAAACAGGAAGCAGUAAGAUAACUUCAUUUGUAAGGUAAUAUCUGUGCAGAGGAAAGUGAUGUUUGACUACUUGCUGGGACUGACUGAUUUUUGUUCCCACUCUCAGAGCAAUACUGAGAAGACUUGGUUUUUAAAUAUUAAAAGGAAGAAGAACUUCAGAUUUUCUUCAAAGUUUCCUGCAUGAAAAUUAUUUAGACAUUGCACACAAAUCUUUUGUGAAAGAAGAAAAGGAGAUUCAGUUUGUGAGUCUCAGCAGGAGUUAAGCUAACGCAGUUUAAAAUAAUGCCAAAAAAGAAGCACUUAUCUGCAGGCAGAGUGCCUCUGAUUCUCUUCCUGUGCCAGAUGAUUAGUGCACUGGAUGUACCUCUUGAUCCAAAACUUCUUGAAGACUUGGUACAACCUCCAACCAUUACUCAACAAUCUCCAAAAGAUUACAUUAUUGACCCUCGAGAGAAUAUUGUAAUCCAAUGUGAGGCCAAAGGGAAACCUCCUCCAAGCUUCUCCUGGACCCGAAAUGGGACUCAUUUUGACAUAGAUAAAGACCCUCUCGUCACCAUGAAGCCUGGCUCAGGAACCCUCACAAUUAACAUUAUGAGUGAAGGGAAAGCAGAGACUUAUGAAGGAGUCUACCAGUGUACAGCCAGGAAUGAGCGUGGAGCUGCAAUUUCUAAUAAUAUUAUUGUUCGUCCAUCCAGGUCACCAUUGUGGACCAAAGAAAAACUUAAACGAAUAAUACUUCCAAGUGGCCAGUCUUUGAUCCUUUCCUGUAGACCCCCAAUUGGAUUACCACCAGCUAUAAUAUUCUGGAUGGAUAAUUCCUUUCAAAGACUUCCUCAAAGUGAGAGGGUUUCCCAGGGUCUGAAUGGAGACCUUUAUUUUUCCAAUGUUCUCCCAGAGGAUACCCGUGAUGACUAUAUCUGCUAUGCCAGAUUUAACCACACUCAAACCAUACAGCAGAAGCAACCUAUUUCUCUGAAGGUGAUUUUAGUGGAUGAAUUGAAUGACACUACAGCUGCUAAUUUGAGUGACACUGAGUUUUAUGGUGCUAAAUCAAGUAGAGAGAGGCCACCAACAUUUUUAACUCCAGAAGGCAAUGCAAGUAACAAAGAAGAAUUAAGAGGAAAUGUUCUUUCACUAGAGUGCAUUGCAGAAGGACUGCCUACCCCACUUAUUUACUGGAUAAAAGAAGAUGGAAUACUACCCAUCAACCGGACAUUUUAUAGGAACUUUCAGAAAACUCUGCAGAUCAUUCAGGUUUCAGAAGCAGACUCUGGAAAUUACCAGUGUAUAGCAAAAAAUGCAUUAGGAGCCAUCCAUCAUACCAUUUCUGUUACAGUUAAAGCCGCUCCAUACUGGAUCAUGGCACCUCAAAAUCUUGUGCUGUCCCCAGGAGAGGAUGGGGCCCUAAUCUGCAGAGCUAACGGCAACCCCAAACCCAGAAUUAGUUGGUUAUCGAAUGGAGUGCCCAUAGAAAUUGCCCCUGAUGACCCCAGCAGGAAAAUAAAUGGCGAUACAAUUAUUUUUUCAAAUGUUCAAGAAAGAUCCAGUGCAGUGUAUCAGUGCAAUGCCUCUAAUGAAUAUGGAUAUUUACUGGGAAAUGCAUUUGUAAAUGUGCUGGCUGAACCACCACGGAUCCUUACAUCUGCAAACACACUCUAUCAGGUCAUUGCAAACAGGCCAGCUCUAUUAGAUUGUGCCUUCUUCGGGUCUCCUCUUCCUACCAUUGAGUGGUUUAAAGGAGCUAAAGGUAGUGCUCUUCGUGAAGAUAUUUAUGUUUUACAUGAAAAUGGAACUUUGGAAAUUCCUGUGGCCCAAAAAGACAGUACAGGAACUUAUACAUGUGUUGCAAGGAAUAAGUUAGGAAUGGCAAAGAAUGAAGUUCACUUAGAAAUCAAAGAUCCAACUAGGAUCAUUAAACAGCCUGAAUAUGCAGUUGUGCAAAGAGGGAGCACAGUGUCCUUUGAAUGCAAAGUGAAACACGAUCACACCUUGAUCUCUACUGUCAUCUGGCUGAAGGACAAUGGUGAGCUGCCCAGUGAUGGAAGGUUCACUAUUGACAAGGACCAUUUGGAGGUAGCUGAUGUAAGUGACAGUGAUGGCGGAACCUACACAUGUAUGGCCAACACAACUCUGGACAGCGUUUCUGCCAGUGCUGUGCUUAGCGUUGUUGCUCCUACUCCAACUCCAGCUCCCAUUUACGAUGUCCCAAAUCCUCCCUUUGAUUUAGAAUUGACAGAUCAACUCGACAAAAGUGUUCAGCUGUCAUGGACCCCAGGCGAUGAUAAUAAUAGCCCUAUUACAAAAUUCAUUAUUGAAUAUGAAGAUGCAAUGCAUGAAGCAGGGCUAUGGCACUACCAAACUGAAGUUCCUGGGACACAGACUACAGCCCAGCUGAAGCUGUCACCUUAUGUGAACUACUCCUUCCGAGUGAUGGCAGAGAACAGCCUCGGGAGGAGCUUGCCCAGCGAGAUAUCUGAACAGUAUUUUACUAAAGCUGCAGAACCGGAUAAAAAUCCCAUGACUGUGGAAGGACUAGGAUCAGAGCCUGAUAAUUUGGUGAUUACAUGGCAGCCCUUGAAUGGUUUUGAAUCUAAUGGGCCAGGCCUUCAGUACAAAGUGAGCUGGCGCCAAAAAGAUGGUGAUGAUGAAUGGACAUCUGUGGUUGUGGCAAAUGUAUCCAAAUAUAUUGUCUCGGGCACACCAACUUUUGUUCCAUACCUGAUAAAAGUUCAAGCUCUGAAUGAUGUGGGCUUCGCUCCAGAGCCAGCUGUAGUUAUGGGACAUUCUGGAGAAGACCUCCCAAUGGUGGCUCCUGGGAAUGUGCAUGUGAACGUGGUAAACAGCACCUUAGCUGAGGUGCACUGGGACCCAGUACCUCUGAAAAGUAUCCGAGGACACCUGCAAGGCUAUCGGAUUUACUACUGGAAGGCCCAGAGUUCAUCAAAAAGAAACAGACGCCACAUAGAGAAAAAGAUCCUCACUUUCCAGGGCAGCAAGACCCAUGGCAUGUUGCCCGGGCUGGAGCCCUUCAGCCACUACACACUGCAUGUCCGCGUGGUCAAUGGGAAAGGGGAGGGCCCAGCCAGCCCCACCAGAGUCUUUCAUACUCCAGAAGGAGUUCCCAGUGCCCCAUCCUCUUUGAAGAUUGUUAAUCCAACACUAGACUCUCUCACUUUGGAAUGGGAUCCACCAAGCCACCCGAAUGGCAUUUUGACAGAGUACACCUUAAAAUAUCAGCCAAUUAACAGUACCCAUGAAUUAGGCCCACUGAUAGAUUUGAAAAUUCCUGCCAACAAGACACGUUGGACUUUAAAAAACUUAAAUUUCAGCACUCGGUAUAAGUUUUAUUUCUAUGCACAAACAUCAGCAGGAUCAGGAAGUCAAAUAACAGAGGAAGCAGUAACAAUUAUGGAUGAAGCUGGUAUUCUUCCACCUGAUGUAGGUGCAGGCAAAGCAAUGGCAAGCCGACAGGUGGACAUUGCAACUCAAGGCUGGUUCAUUGGUCUAAUGUGUGCUGUCGCUCUCCUUAUCUUAAUUUUGUUGAUUGUUUGCUUCAUCAGAAGAAACAAGGGUGGUAAAUAUCCAGUUAAAGAAAAGGAAGAUGCCCAUGCUGAUCCCGAAAUCCAGCCCAUGAAGGAAGACGAUGGCACUUUUGGAGAAUACAGUGAUGCAGAAGACCACAAGCCUUUGAAAAAAGGCAGCCGAACACCUUCAGACAGGACUGUGAAGAAAGAAGAUAGUGAUGAUAGCCUUGUUGACUAUGGAGAGGGAGUGAAUGGCCAGUUCAAUGAGGAUGGUUCCUUUAUUGGACAAUAUAGUGGUAAGAAAGAAAAAGAACCAGCUGAAGGAAAUGAAAGCUCAGAGGCACCUUCUCCUGUCAAUGCCAUGAAUUCCUUUGUUUAAUUUGUAAGUUCUUUGCCAAUACCCCAUUUCUCUAGAAUGUUUAUCUUAAGCAUUUGUCUGUCAGCCUUCUCAUACUGUGAACAUAGAGGCAGAAAAUAUAUAUUCUACUGUAUGUUAAUAUUAUGAGAACAGUUAGAGCAAGAACAUUACUCAGUCAAAUGAUGUGUUAACAUGAACUGCAGUGUAAAGUGCAUACUUUUUCAUUCAAAAUAAGUAUUCUUGAUUUUCUCAGAACUGAUCAAAGUAACACACGUCAUGAACAGAUCAUGCUAUUUCUUCUUCAGGAUACAGUUCAAUAUGAUGCAUGAAAAAUGCUGCACAGUUAAAGGACAUACCUGUGUGUGUUAUUAAAACAUGGUUUAAUACUUUGUUUAUACUGUCCUCAGCUGAACUCCUAAAUAUGAAUUCCAUUUUAAUUGUCAAGAGUGUUACUGUAGUAUUCUCUAGAACUUCAAUGUCUUUGUGGACAUUGUUGUGAAAUGGUGACUCUGUGUAGCUGUUAGUCUUUUGGGAAGACUGUUAGGAACUGUAUGUACAGUAUAUACUUGCUAAAUGAUUUAAUCAUGACAGUUGCACUUGCUGAUGCUUACUGAGACUCUGUUACCUGCUUUUUGCUCCUGUUACCUUGUAGCCUUCCUAAUCUUCCAGGUAUUACAGCGGUACAGUGUUCUACUUUUUACAUCAUCUCUAUGUUCAGUUGAUUAUAGGCAUAAACAAUGUGUGUUGCAAUGCAUUUUGGCAUGUGUGCCAUACUGAAAGAAUAAAAGCAAUUCACUCCAAUUAAAUUUCAAAACAUAUUCCAGAAAGCACAGGGCAAGACACAUGUAGUGCCUUUGGACAAGAAGCAUUCCAUAUAUACUGCCUUCCGUAUCGAUGAUACAGUUGACCUAGAGUCCUAGAUUACUGUCAUUGUCAAAAAGUAACUUUUAAAAAGCAGAGAUAAUGAAAACUGCAAUGCUGAAAAAAAGGAAAUGUGAAAGUAAAAGUAAUAAGACAGCUUAUUUUAAAGAGCAUUUCCCCAUAUGUAUAAAAAGAAAAACUUUAUCAACAACUGGAGCACAUGAUGAUUCUUUUUGGUCUUUUAUAGUUUCUUCUAGAGUCCCAUUCAGUAAGAAAGAUGUCAAAUUAGCACAAAAAUUUUUUAAAAACAUGUUAUUCCAAAACUAAAAGCAUACAACAUCAUGCUGACAGGACUGUAUUAUUCUCUAAGUCUUUACCUAUGUGGCAGCCUUUGAAACUCUCUGCAGCAGGAAAAGAUCUGCAUGCAAAUUGCUAUGGACACAUUUCAGAAUCUAAAAAAAUUGAGUAAGUGCUAACAAGGCCAAGAGGCAAAAGGAUUACAUCUGCAGUUUAAAAAAAAAAAACAUAUAUUUUACCAUACUCAUAAACAAUAUCUAUCAAAUGGUUUACCUCCAAGUUUAAAAUUCUCUAACAACCUAUGAUUGAAGGAAUGCUCAGUUUCAUUUGCCAAUAAAUUGAUUUCUCAUAACUUGCAUCAAGUUUAAUUUUAAGUAAAGCUUUUUAUAUGUAGAUAUUUUGUUGAAUUUGUAAAUACACUUAAAAUGUAGAUGCUAUAUGCUUAUAGGUGUCACAUACAAAUAAAUAUGCAAACAGUGUUUAUGUUGUACUGUAUAAGAAAUUAGCUAAUGGGAUUGGAAACCAUUUAAAUACCUUUGGGUUUUUAUUUUCCCUUUUUUCUGUGAAACUGAAAUAAUGAAUUAGUCUACAUAUUGCCAGAAAGUUUCUAAAUGAACUCUUCAGAGCUUUGUCUGUGAGGCUCAGUAACCCUAAUCAUGUGGAAUCUUUGAUACAGAUAGGUGAAGCCCAGAUUGAAGUGAUCCCAGGUAAAAAUGUCCCUAAAUACUUUCAUCUCUCCAUAUUUGCUUUUCACAGACCAGCCUUUUUAACGGAAAUACAAAAAGAUGAAACAGGCUUGCCUUGGUAUCAGAGAGCACAAAGAUAAGUUACUUUAAAUUUGCCAGUGUUUGGGGAAAACUAUGAAAGUACAGGUUUUACUCUUCCAUAAUGGUAGAUACUAAAUUUAUCUGUGCAUGAAGGGGUCACUUCUGUAAUAGUGCAACAGAUUUUAUAAUAAAAUUAAAUGUGGUUUUAAAAGUCUCUCUCUUUUGUAAUGUAUCAUGUUCCUAGUGGAGUGUGAAUGUCCAAUGGUACAGGCGGAUAGAACUGGAUUUCCAUCAAAAAGUAACUACUAAACUGUCGUGACCGCUU